AUGCUACGCUGUGCUACGCUACGCUGUGCUAUGCUACGCUACGCUGUGCUAUGCUACGCUACGCUGUGCUAUGCUACGCUGUGCUAUGCUAUGCUACGCUGUGCUGUGCUACGCUACGCUGUGCUAUGCUACGCUGUGCUGUGCUAUGCUACGCUGUGCUGUGCUAUGCUACGCUGUGCUGUGCUACGCUGUGCUGUGCUACGCUACGCUGUGCUACGCUACGCUGUGCUGUGCUACGCUACGCUGUGCUGUGCUACGCUGUGCUAUGCUACGCUACGCUGUGCUAUGCUACGCUGUGCUAUGCUACGCUACGCUGUGCUGUGCUAUGCUACGCUGUGCUGUGCUACGCUGUGCUGUGCUGUGCUACGCUGUGCUGUGCUAUGCUACGCUGUGCUGUGCUACGCUGUGCUGUGCUAUGCUACGCUGUGCUGUGCUAUGCUACGCUGUGCUAUGCUACGCUGUGCUAUGCUUUGCUACGCUGUGCUAUGCUAUGCUACGCUGUGCUAUGCUAUGCUACGCUGUGCUAUGCUAUGCUCUGCAUAUAUAUGUAUGAAAAGAUGCCAGAAUUUGGGCUCAUGCCAGUUUUCCCAGAGCACAGAGUGCUUCAUUCCUGAUUUCUACCCUGAACUCCUUUCAGGGUAUGUUGAAGAAAGUACAAAUCACUUAGCACAUUGCCUGGCCCCUCCAAGAGUUCAAGGAAUCGAGGCUGCUGUUGUCACCACAGCUGCUUGGUGA